AUGCCGAUGUGUAUCUGUGCUUUUUCAGCAGGAUGCCGACUUGUAUCUAUGCUUUACGGCAGGAUGCCGACUUGUAUCUGUGCUUUACAGCAGGAUGCCGACUUGUAUCUGUGCUUUUUCAGCAGGAUGCCGACUUGUAUCUGUGCUUUACAGCAGGAUGCCAAUGUGUUUCUGUACUUUUUCAGCAAGAUGCCGCCUUGUAUCUGUGCUUUACAGCAGGAUGCCGAUGUGUAUCUGUGCUUUUUCAGCAGGAUGCCGACUUGUAUCUGUGCUUUACAGCAGGAUGUCGAUGUGUAUCUGUGCUUUUUCAGCAGGAUGCCGACUUGUAUCUGUGCUUUACAGCAGGAUGCCGACUUGUAUCUGUGCUUUACAGCAGGAUGCCGACUUGUAUCUGUGCUUUACAGCAGGAUGCCGACUUGUAUCUGUGCUUUACAGCAGGAUGCUGAUGUGUAUCUGUGCUUUUUCAGCAGGAUGCCGACUUGUAUCUGUGCUUUACAGCAGGAUGCUGAUGUGUAUCUGUGCUUUUUCAGCAGGAUGCCGACUUGUAUCUGUGUUUUACAGCAGGAUGCUGAUUUGUAUCUGUGCUUUACAGCAUGA